UCAGUCGUUGCCUGUCAACAAAGCGCUGCGAACGUGUCCAAAAGCCUAGCUCCCGAAAAUAAAACGAAAAAGCCUGAAGUCAAACGCGAAAUGGACUGAAGAACUUGUCUUCGAUGUUGGUGUUAAGUGGAAGAAAUUAAAUGAUAGUAAAACAUAUUACUGAAAGUUUCUUAAGAAACGUAAAUAACGAACAAUAAAUAACAAUCAAAGAUUAGCAAGAUUAAAGAACUCUUGAAUAUUUAAUAAACGAGAAAUUCGCCGAAAUCGCACAUCAAAGAAAAGUGUUUGCUAACCCAGAAAUAAUUUUAACAAAUCUUCUGACAAAAACUGAAAAUAACGCCAUUUUGUCAAGAAACCGCACCGUGUAACAUGUGACGUCACAGCCAUAAAGUAUGGAAAGCAUAUCAAAAUAUUUGCCAUUUAGCUGGGUUAGCAGGCAUUGUCAAAUAGACAGCCGACCGCCAACUGGAAAUUAGCAGGCAGUUACAGUAACCGAAUCGAAAUGGGAGGCGGUUGGUGGCGAGAGCGAGGAGGAUCGAGCAGGGAAGCCAACAUGAAGGGACACUCGACACCAAAUGGGGCAGCUGCAAACCGCAGAAACAGCAGCAGAGGCACCACCAUCGCGACCAACGCCAGUGUCCACUCUGGCAUUCUGUUAUUUGUGCUGACAGCGCUGACACUAACGAGCUUAAUAACGCCCACAGAGCAGCUGGCAGUGGCGCCAAAUGGAACCACUCUACAGCAACUGGAGUCCGUGGAAUCCUCAUCGUAUCCAUCCAUGGCUGCCGACUUAUAUAGACCCGUAAAUGGCACUCUGAAUGGAACAAUGACGUCCAACGCACGACCCCACCUGAACCACAAGCAGCGACCGAUGCAGGAAAAUGAAAGCCACUAUUUGGAUUACGAUGAGGAUGUGGAUGCGGACUGCUCGUACAGCUACAACUUCAUCCUAAAACUCAUUACGAUGAUCCUGUACGCUCUGGUAUGCAUUGUCGGUCUAUUCGGAAAUACCCUGGUGAUCUAUGUGGUGAUGCGAUUCUCCAAGAUGCAAACGGUGACCAAUAUAUAUAUCCUGAACCUGGCCAUAGCAGAUGAGUGCUUCCUGAUCGGCAUUCCUUUCCUGAUAUACACCAUGCAGGUGGGCAACUGGCCCUUCGGCAACUACAUGUGCAAGGCCUACAUGGUGAGCACCUCCAUAACCUCAUUCACCUCAUCGAUCUUCCUGCUGAUCAUGUCGGCUGAUCGAUAUAUAGCCGUCUGCCAUCCCAUAUCCUCGCCCCGCUAUCGAACACCUUUUGUGUCCAAGCUGGUCUCGGCGUUCGCCUGGAUGACAUCCGUACUGCUGAUGCUGCCGGUUAUCCUGUUCGCUAGUACUGUCAAGUCCAGGAAUGGAAAUCUCUCGUGCAACAUCGAGUGGCCGGACACCCAGAACUCCCACACUGACUCCACCUUUAUACUGUACUCCUUUGUUUUGGGCUUCGCCACUCCACUGACCUUCAUAUUGGUGUUUUACUGCCUGGUGAUCAGGAAGCUGCACACCGUGGGACCCAAGCACAAGUCCAAGGAGAAGAAGCGGUCACAUAGGAAGGUCACCAAACUGGUGCUCACGGUUAUCAGUGCGUACAUAUUUUGCUGGCUUCCACACUGGAUUUCUCAGGUGGCUCUAAUCAGCUCAUCCCCACAGCGAUGUGCCUCUCGGCUGGAACUAGCCGUCUUUUUGGCCUGUGGAUGCCUCAGCUACUCCAACUCGGCCAUGAAUCCCAUCCUCUACGCUUUCCUCAGCGACAAUUUCAAGAAGAGCUUCAUGAAGGCCUGCACAUGUGCGGCACGCAAGGAUGUGAAUGCCCAGCUGCAGCUGGAGAACAGUUUCUUUCCCAAGUUCGGCAAGGGCAGGCAAUCCGAGCGCCUGCUUGGUGGCGGCGGAAAAGGUGGCGCCCAACGAGGGGCGUUGGCUAAGAAAAAGGCCUUGGCUGCUGCGAGAAACAAUAAUGCUCUGACAGCCACUACAACGACCACGACUACGACCACCACGAUGGGCACGGAUGCCGUGACUUGUCUCCAGCCUGCAGUGCACCAGGUGCCUGCCGAGAUCCAGGUGGGAAGUCCGGCCACUGUGCUGGUAGUCAACGCGGAAACCAACAACUGUAAGCCUCCUGUGCUCCAUACAGACUUAUAAGACCGGGCUCCCUCGAUGCCACUGGAAACGGUGGUGUUCAUCGCCCGCAGAUGAGAUCGGCAGUUGGAACUAGACCUCGACGUGGGCGUGGAUCGCAGGCUGUUGACACAGUCGGAGUGCUUACUGUAGGUUAAGCAUUUACUGAAAUGAUAUUGAUAUUUUUUACCACUAGGGCAGAGCUAUGCGAAAACGGAAAAAAAUAAUAGAAUUUCCUUUUUAUUGUGGAAUCUCAGCAACCAAAUAGAAAUAUUUAAAAAAACGAAAGCAACAAAUUGGUUUUGCCGCAAUUUUACCAAUAUAAAAACUAGUUGUAUGAAAUUUUAAUUUUUAUUUUCUAUAAAAGAUGUAAGUAGUUUUUUUUAUCAUAAAAUUGUUUUAUACCUCUUUUUUAACACUAUUUUGUGUUUAAAUAAUUGAAAAAUAAUCAACAUAAAAUUAUUUUGAAUAAACAAUAUUGUAGGUUAUUUUUAACACUAUAUUGAAAAACGAAUUAAAUUAAAACUAAUAGUUCCAAAGGACUCAUUAAAUUUGUACUUAAGUUGUAAUAAUCUAAAAUCCAAACAAAGUAGGGCCUUGAGACCAGGUUACUAAUGACUAAUAUCAAAUAUUUACCGUUUUCGCAUUGGUAAGCUUAUCAGGUAAAUAUUUAUAUAAGUUUUCCGAUUUAUUAAGUGUGCAUAAUUUUAUUGACGUUUUGAAAUUUACAUACUCCUCUAGACUAAGCUUAAAGAUCUUUUAAAAUUGGAAAGUUAGGAUAAGUUUGUGUAGCUGGUUGUGGAGCAGUUGAAAAAUAGAAAAAGUUACUAGAGUAAGCCAAAGAUUUAAUCUUAAUGUUCAAGGAAAGACUUUGAAGAGAAGUAAUUGUAUGAUUAUUUGCCAGGGUUCAUUGAUCUGAAACUUAAAUAACCAAACAUGAACGAUUCCAUGAAUGCAAAUAAUUCCAUUGGAAAUAAAACUUACAAAGUAUUCAAUGAAAAACUAUAAAUCGAAUUAAACUGCAAUGUGAUUGUAAAGAUAAAAACAUGAACAAAAGAGAAAAAUUUGCAUACCGAUUCAUAACAAUAAUCUUAAACGCAGCUUAAUUAACCGUGUAUAUUUAAAUUAACAUUAAGCAAUGCGUUUUUUAAGCACAUGAGUGUAUUAACUCAAUUGUGCAUCCAAUGAUCAUAAUUGAAUUCAAUGAAUGCUAAUGAAGUAAUAAAAACGCACUUGAAUCGUUGCCAUAAAUAUUAAAUAGUGUCGAAAAGAUAGCAAACCAAAACGAAUUCAAUAGAUUCCUCCUUCAUUGUUUGCGUAACCCAAAAUAGUUGUACAACAAAACUGUUCAAACAAACUCACAGUAAACUAAUGUUAGUAUUUAUCAUUGACUUGAUUAUUGUAAACAAUAGCCAGAAUUACCGUUGGCGAAUGUGGGAAAUCAACGUUCCCUUAUAAUGUAUUUGUACUUUUGAAAGUAAACAUAGGCUUAUCCGUAAAUAUAAUAAAUUAUUGAUAUGUGUAUUUAUUAAUUGUCCAAGAAAUACAGGAAAAUUGAGAAAAACCAAAAGGAUAAGUGUACCAUUUUUCAAUAUUAAGUGUAACUUGAUUGAAGCUAAACGUAUUUGCUAAAACUAAAUGUAAGUGAAAUUUAAGUGCUUAAAAAUUGAAAUACGAAUAAACAAUAUUUUAAAUGAA